GCACUGCAUGUUAUAAGGAGGGCCUUGCUUCUUUCUCUAUUCUUUUGCUGAUAAUCGAUUCACACAACUACACUCUCUCUUCAAUACAUCGCUCUUUCUUCAAACGACUUCGAUAUACUACUACGACACUCUUUAAUCUUCUUAACAACACCACCACAAACACCGCCACCAUGCAGUUCCGUGCUUACGCUUCCAUUGCCAUCUUCUUCGCCGGCGCCAUGGCCGCCUCUGCCACCUCUUCUGCCUCUGCUGCCGUCUCUACUCCCGUCGACCUUACUGAGGGUGUCCCCACUUGCGGCUUGACCUGCAUUCAAUCCGCAGUCGCUUCUUCGGGCUGCGAAGCCACCGACCCCAUCUGCCUCUGCACAACCGGCUCCAAGGCCUUCCUCGCCGCCGGCACAACCUGUCUUCUCCAGAACUCUGACUGCUCUGCCGAGGACCUCCAGAACAUCCAGAACUUGGCCAAGACUCGCUGCGGUACUCUUCUCGCUGCCACUGGCUCUUCCGCUUCCGGUUCUGCUGCCGCUUCGGUUUCUGGCUCCGCUACUGCCAAGGCUGCUGCUGUCUCUGGCUCUGCUACCAGCUCUGCCGCCGCUGUCAGCGCUAUCUCGACUGGCGGUGCCAUGCAGGUUGGUGCUAGCUUGAUGGCUGUCGGUGCUGGUGCCAUUGCUUUCAUUCUGUAA